UCGGACUCGAUCUCACCAAAGUAUUACUCACCCGGAUUUACCCAAACUCACUCACAGCCCGAUCUGAGUCUGAGUGAGUCGAUUCAUGAGUGAGUUUGCUGAUCCAUGACACCGACGAAUAUUGGCUUUUGAGCACUGGCGGUAGAGUUUGCAGCGCUUUGCUGAAUAAUGAUUCUUUGUUGGUCGUCCUACAUACUCACAUUUUCUAUCUCUUGAAAUAGAUGUCAGUCUUGAUGCGAACUCCAGUAAACAUGCAACGCUCAAUCUUGAGGUACCUGCAUACACUGUUUUAUACUUUCCAUAAUGAGGUGUUGCACUGUACAUUCCAUGCGGUACUUUCACCUGCCAACCCUAACAGUUACACUAUUGGUAUUGCAUAUAACCGGUUGUUUUGUGCAUUGCUGCUCGUAUCCCUGUGUGCAUAUGCUUACCCAUAUUGGUGCAUUUCUUCAUAUUCAGAGUGGGACCACAAAUACACCGUCGGGCCAGUAUCUGAGGCUGCUGUUCUCUACAAGGCAAGAGUCGAAAUACUGCUUACUACCUGCAGAGAGCUUCAGGAGAAAAAUGACAAGCUUCAGAAGGAAAACAGCCACCUUGCAGCUAAUUUAACAGAGUUGGAAAGCAGGCUUCACAAUGAAAAGCUGCAGCGGGCACAAGAAAAAGUGAGCACUACCAAAGGAACCACAAGUUUUGAAGAAGUAUUUAAGGAUGAAAGAUGGCUGCAGUUUUAUACUGGUUUCACUUCACUGCAACGAUUUGAGUUCUUUGUGCAGUUUAUAGAAGCUAAGCAUGCAGUAACAAAGACAUCAAAUACUGGUCGACGAACCCUCCUCAGUGUGAGAGAACAGCUUCUUCUCAUUCUAUGCAGACUUCGAGUAGGAUUGCUAGAGGAAGAUUUGGCAUACCGCUUUGGUGUAAGCUCAUCUACUAUAAGUAAUCUGUUUUCAUAUUGGGUAGAUUUUCUGCAUGACAUUCUUGUUCAGAUUACAAUCUGGCCGUCACGUCAAACAGUGUCCAUUAACAUGCCAGAAUCCUUCAAGGCACUGUACCCGUCAACGAGGGUGAUACUUGAUUGCACAGAACUGUUUAUAGAAGCUCCUUCCGAUUAUAGUGUCCAAGGUGAUACAUUUAGCACCUACAAAAGCCACAACACUGCCAAGGGACUGAUUGGAAUUGCACCAAAUGGUUUCAUUUCAUUUGUGUCCGACUUAUCACCAGGUCGCAUAUCCGACAGAGAAAUAACACGGCAAAGUGGAUUGUAUAACCUUCUGGAGCCCGGUGAUAGCGUUAUGGCAGACAGGGGAUUUCUUAUCAGACAAGAUCUAGAAGAACUUGGAGUAUCGUUGAACAUACCACCCAUGAUGAAUGGUAGGAAACAGUUGUCAGCUAGUGAUGAGAAGAAAACAAGAAGCAUUGCAAACCUCAGGAUCCAUGUGGAACGUGUAAUCCGAGAGGUAAAGAAGUAUAGGAUACUUCACGGCGUUUUUCCUAAUGCCAUGGCAUGCAAGCUUAACAAAAUUUGGAAGAUUUGCUGCUAUCUAAACCAUUUCACUCAUGAGCCUUUGCUUGAUCGUCAGUGCAGUGUGGUACGGGAAUGAGGUGCACACUAGUUGCACUACAUUUUAUAUGCCAGCGGACAUAAACAGACAAUCUUAAAUAUCUAAUAAUAAUAAUUUCUGGUAGUACAGUGGUCGCAGUGCUCGGUGCCUGAUCUUUUAAGGUCAGGAGCCGUGAACACAACCACUGUACCACCAUGGCAACUCUUACGUAUCUGUAGCCCAAUGCUUGGUUUCUAUUAUCACCCAGACUUAAGCGUGGAGCCUACUUUCAACAUGAGAGAUAACCUGUGUGUGAGAACAGUCAUUGUCUUGGCAGAAUGUUCUGGCUCUUCACUGUUCUUCACAUCUGCAUUCAUCAGUGCAUAAUAGGAAGCAUGCUUCUUCAUUGCUGGAUGAUACUUCAGGAUAUGCAUUUUUGUGUAUGCUGUAGCUAAUUUUGACCUUUGUUGAGAUGUUUGUGUUCUCAUUCACUGUGAUUAUGGGACUGAUUUUAUACAUGAAGCACGUCAUGUUAUUAUGUGAGUGAACUUAUUUAUUGCACUGAUAUGCAAGGUUUAUUUUGCUGUCUAUUACUUGGUUAUUUUCAGUCUGAUCCACCAUUUAUUCACCAUAAACAUAGAUGCCUCACUUAUUUUGGCUUCACACAUCUCAUUUUUAGGUUCCCCGUGUAAAGGCAAACAGUGCCAAUUGAAACUUUAUCUAGUCAAGUCAUGUUGGAUUUGACGCACUGUUGUAAAAAGAGCACAUGUUGUAUGAGCUUAUGGUUCCUUCUGUGAUAUAGCAGUUCAUGUAAUGCUGUGAUAGUUGUUUUGCUGACCAGUUUUUUUUUUACGCUCGGCAUGUUCUGUUAGUUUAUGCAUGCACCUGCUACUUUUUUGCCAUGGUUAAACAUGGUGCUUUCAAUGCUCGCGUUUUUCUCUCUUUUGGUGAACAGUGCUUUAGUAUUAAAACAAGAGUCCUAUUUCCAUAGGCAGCCAUUUAUUUUUGCAAUACCUUGUGUUCAACAGUACACUGCAGAGAAAAUGUGGAAUUGUGGAUAAAUAAACACAUGACUAUUA